AUGCAUUGCUGCUCAGCAGCUUGCAUCCUGACACUCUUUUCACUCACAUUCAUUUCAUCACACUCGUUCGUCAACGCCCAGUCGUCUUCGUCGGUCGACAAUGUGCCGUCGACAACGCCGUCGCUGAGUGUAAGCGAAUCGUUGAACUCGCCGUCACCGUCUAGCACCUCCCUUGCACCCCCUCCUUCCGAGUCACCGGUCUCGAGUUCGUCGUCUGACUCUUCUCAGCCAUCUUCUACGCAAGAUGCGAGCACUCCAGCCCAAGCGCCGUCGAGCAGCAGUCUUGAUGCUUCGACCUCCUCGACGCCCUCGUAUACCCCUACAAGCAGCAGCCCUUCUAUCACUCCUAGCUCGUUGGCACCUUCUUCCUCGGUUCCAACUUCGUCCCCGUCUUCUGUAUCUUCCCCCAGUUAUACCCCUCCGAGUCCAUCCUCUACCGCCAAAAGUUCCACUCGCAGUGCGAUAUCGUCCACUUUGGUCAUGCCUGCAACGGACAAUACGGCGCCGACGGCCUCCUACGCCCACUUCUCUUCCACCGAGGUCAUCGCCAGCCCGCCGUCGAGCGCCGCUGCUACUGGCGGUGCGGCAAGCAACGUCACGACCGGCGGUUCUUCGAAGAGCUUCCUACACAACACAGGCGCCAUGGCGGGUACGUUCACCGUAAUCGGCUUGAUCGUUGUCGGAGCGGUCAUCGCUCUGGUCGUGCGCGCGCGGCGACGGCGGCAGCGACGGCGGGACGAGGAGGAAGUAUGGUUCGAGAAGGACAACGGCAACGGACUAUCGUACGGUGCGACGGACCGCGAGCCAUCGUUCAUCAGCGGCGAAGGCGGCGAGGGCGCGAACAUAAUGGCGCCCGCUUCGGCAGACGCAUACCCCGACCGCUUGACGCACUAUGGCGACAUGAACAUGGCCGAGUACGGCAACCCGCAGAACUACGGUAUGGAGUACCCGCCCGGCACCGCGUAUGCGGCGGCGGCGAGCCAGCAGGGCCAGUAUGUCUACACUGGACAACCUGGCGGAUAUACGUCCGGAUACACGGAUAACAGUUAUAGCGCGCCGCCGCAGUCUUCGACUUCUCCUGCACAGCACCCGUUCGCUGAUCCCAGCAACGUCAGUAAACGGGUUGGCCCUCCUCCAGUCAUAGUGACUGGCCCUGAGCCAUCCCGUGAGUCUGAGUACUGGGCAGAUGCCUACGUUGAAGCCGAGUGA